AUGCUGUCAUCCGCUGCCGUCAAGCCUGCUUCUUUCGAGUUGAGCUCUGCGGCUCUCGAGCGGGCCUCCAUUCUGAACCAAGCUGGCUCCUCUCAAGCCACGCCCCGGCCCCUGGCGCUUCCUACGGUUCAACAAGGAGAGCCCGACAGCAGCGCCACGUCUCCCACGCCCGACGACGGUCGAUUCCCAACGCGCGCCGCGGCGACAACUCCCUCUGCCCUCCGGUACCGCGAGAAGCUCCUCCGCUUCCGACUCGACGUCCUCCCGCUCUACAAGCACCGGCUGCAGUCGCGGCUGUACCGGCUCCUCGUCCGCUGGACCCAGAGGCGCGCCGGCGAGCGGCGGUCUGCCAGCAGCAGGCUACUGGACCUCGCUGGUGGGCGCCGGUGGUGGGCGUCCCGGCAGAAGCGCGAGGAGGAGGAGGCGGAGGCGGCGAGGAGGGCCGCCCUCGCGCGGACCUCGGCCCUCGUCCGGCGCCAGCUGAGGGCGGGGAGGGCUGCGAUUAGGGCUGAGGCGCGCGGCCGAGACGGAAAUAGUGGUGGCGGCAGCGGUGUCGCUGCUUGCGGCUUGCCGAAGGAACAGGACCAGAACCCCAAAUAUUCAGCAGAAGAGCAGGACAGCGAAGAAGUACGACAACUCGCACAAGACCACACGGGCAAGAUGUCGUCGGCGGGAUCAUACUGGGGCUACGGCUACGGCAGCAGCAGGGAUGGGUCCGACGGCUCGACGCGCGAGUCUGGCGCGCGGCGCAAGAAGCUCGCGGCCAUGGCCGGGAGCGUGUACCGGGCGGGCGUGGCGGCGGCGGGCGAGAUGCGCGAGCAGUACAACAACACGCGCUUCCGCAACGUCGACAACUCGAUCGACCCGCAGAUGACCAUCCCGGGCUCGUUCCCCAACGUCGCCAUCGUCACCAAGGGGGACGAGCAGAUGGUGCUGUUCCCGUCGUACGCAAAGAGGCACAUCAGGCAGUUUGACAAGGACGGGAACCGAAUAGGCAGCGGCGGGGGCGGCGCCACCGCCGCCUACCAGCAGCAGGGUCAACAGGGAGGUCACCAGCAGUACCCGACCUCGCAGGCACCAAUGAACGACGAGGAGUACUGGCACAACGAGUGGGCAAAGGUGGAGGACGAGAAGGCGGUCGUCGACGUCGACGUGCGCGGCUGGGUCUACUCGCCGCACAAGGGACCCAUGACGCGGAAGAACAGGAUCCUGAUCGGCCUCGCGCGCCGCAUGAGCGGCAUCCCGCCCCCGACCAUCCAGCCCGACGCCGGGGGCAACGACAACGGCUACGGAGGCCUCCCCCACCACUCCAUGAGCGAGGAGCACGAGGACCUGCGCGAGCAGCAAAAGAUCGCCCGCGAGGCCGAGGAGAUCGAGCGCCGGGGCAGGGGCGAGGAGGAGGUGGCGACGCGCGGCGGGUACAGCGAGGCGCCCAACAGCAGGCGGCUCCUGGACGCCUCCGAGACCAGCAGCCUGAGGGCGCCCAGGAGCGGGGCCGCAACGCCGGCCGUGUCGCCGCCGGGCUCGCCCUCGCUAACGGCGCGGCAGGCGGGCGGCACGGCGGCGGCGGCGGCGGCGGACCUGACCGAGGCGGAGCUCGCGGUGGCCAACGCCAACCUGAUGGCGCGGCUGGGCCCGUUCCUGACGACGCCGCUGGUGCGGCAGCCCGUCACCAUCUUCUUCUACAACGACUCGCAGUCGCAGUCCAAGACGGUGACGACCAACGACGCCGGCCACUUCAGCAUCCGGGCCGCGCUCGAAUUUGUGCCGACCGACAUCCGCGUGCUGGCCAACGAGGACCUGUCGGCCACGGAGCCGGUGCGCGUCGUCGAGCCGCGCGGCGUCAGCCUCAUCAGCGACAUCGACGACACCAUCAAGCGGUCCAACAUCUCGCUCGGCGCGCGCGAGAUCUUCCGCAACACCUUCAUCCGCGACCUGGGCGACAUGGCCGUCCCGGGUGCGCGCGAGUGGUACGGCGCCCUGCACUCCAUGGGCGUCCAGAUCCACUACUGCUCAAACAGCCCCUGGCAGCUCUUCCCCGUCCUGGCCACCUUCUUCCACGGCGCCGGCCUGCCCCCGGGGUCGCUGCACCUCAAGCACUACGCCGGCAUGCUCCAGGGCAUCUUCGAGCCCGUGGCCGAGCGCAAGAAGGGCACGCUCGAGCGCAUCAUGGCCGACUUCCCCGAGCGCAGGUUCCUGCUCGUCGGCGACAGCGGCGAGGCCGACCUCGAGGUCUACACGGACCUCGCCCAGGCCAACCCGGGCCGGAUCCUGGCCAUCUUCAUCCGCGAUGUCACCACCCCGGAGACGCCUCCGCAGCAGCAGCCGCAGCAAGGCUUCUUCGACUCGAACCGCAGGGGCGCCGGCGGCGGUUCGUUUGACGAUCACCUCCUCCUCCGCCCUCCAAGCAGCGGCGGCGGGGUCGCCCGACGGCCCGUCUUCCCCGCCCGGACCGCCAGCGUGCCGCCCAAGACGGAGGCCCCGCUCAUGGGGGACCUGAUCGACCUGUCGGACGAGCCGGAGCCCCUGCCGUCCUCCAACAGCGAGACGCUCAGUCUCGCGGGCCUCGACCUCGGCGGCGCGAGCAAGCCGGCAGCGGCAGCAGCAGCAGCAGCAGCAGGCAAACGCCCGCCCCCGGCGCGGCCCGCCAAACCGGCCUCGCUACGCGGCGUCCCGUCCGACUUGGCGGUCCUGCUCGCCGCCAGCGGCCAGGGCGCGGGAGCGAAUCACGGGGGCCACGUCCUUUCCAAGAAGCCCUCCAACCUCGGAGGUUCCACCGGAGGCGUCCAUCCUCUGACGCAGAUGCAGACACCCUCCUCGUCCUCGGUGCAAACGCAGCCGAUGCCCAGGAGGACGAGGACGGCGGAGAUGUCCGCCGCCUCGACGGGUGGCGACACCAACAACAACAACAACAGCAACAACAGCAACAACAGUUACUCAUCGUCUCCGUCCCCGCCCGCCAACGGCGGCGACGGCAGCAAGCCGGCCCCACCCCCACCCCGGCGACGGGGCACACCAUCGUCGGCCCAAUCGGGCAGCUCCGGGGCGCGCAUGCUGGCCUACAUACAGCAGAAGGAGCAGCAGCAGCAGCAGCAGCAGCAGCAAAACAGGCUCUCAUACACACACAACAGCGACACCGACGUCGACAGGUUCGAGGGCCUCGGCCCCCCCUCGGCCUCUUCCUCCUCGCCCGACCCCGUCUCGCGCGUAUCCACGGGCGGGACCACGAGGACAACGGCCACGGCAACGACGACGACGACGACGACGACGGCGCUCGACAAAAAGGUGGCGCUCUGGCACGGCCGGCUCACGCGGGCGCACGAGGUGCUGGCGCGCGAGGGCGUCGCGCUCUACACGUGGCGGCGCGGCGACGACGUCGUGCUCGAGGCGCAGGGAAUCGUACGCGACGCGCUGCGCGAGAUGGAGAGGAGCGGCGGCGGCGGCGGGAAGGGGAGGGUGGCGAGGUGAGGUGAGGUAAGUUGAAGUGGAGGGUGACAGUAGAGAAAAAACAAGGUGAGGGUUGGCUUCAUGAUACAUGUCGGGUUUGUUAUGAAUGAUUGAUGAUGGAGGAUGGGGGAGUAUGGGUGUUUCAGUCUUGUCCCACCCUAAACACGUCAACAGCUCUUGCUAGACUACCUAGGUAUACUUAUAGACCAAAG